AUGGCCAUCAUGUUGAAAAAAUAUCCCCAUUAAAGUAUUAAGCAGAUCGCGGAGGAUGACAAUGUUUUGAGCAAUGACAAUUAAUCAAACAAAGACGUAGUUGGCACUUAUGAAAGCAAUAAUCCCAUAGAAAAAAUCAAUUAUAAGUAUACUAGCAAUUCCUAGCUAUUUGUAAUAUAAAAUCACAACUAAAGGGACUGUGCUUCAAAAAUUAAAACAGAAAAUAGAAAUAAUAAUAGUAUAAUAAACUCAAUUGAGGACGAUGAGGAAAAUAAUAAUCCAAUUGAGGAUAAUAAUAAUCAUAAUACCAAUUUCAAUAUUAAUGAUGAUUACAACUCGUUAUAAUAGCAGGAAUCUGUCAACACAAGUAAUUAACUAAUUUAAAUAGAGGAUCAUCGUGACUAGUUGUUGAAUGCCAAUCCAAGAGAUAGCAAUAAUAGAUAAAUUCCUAGCCAUAAUGUUGAUGUAAACGCAGAAGAAGAGAGUGAAGAAGAUAAAGAUGAUUUUAAUGAUAAUAAUGGGAAUAUUAGUGGAGAAAACAGAGUUGAGAUGCUUUUAAAUGAACUGAGAAGUGAAGUAUCCGAUGAAGAUUCAAUUCAAAGAUAGCAUUUUCAGAGAUAAUAGCAAUAAAUAAUCAGCAAUUAGAUAUAAGAUGUUGGAAGAGUGAACCAUCAGAACAUCUUAGAUUAUUUUGCUAUGAGAGAGGGUUCUACAACUGAUUAAUUAAUAGAGGAAUUUAUGAUUUACUUUUAAUAUCUUAUAAAGCAAGAAAGAAAUUCUUUAAAAGAAGAAAAACUGGUCAUUACUUAGGAAAAAUUAGAUUUCUUAAGAGAGAAAAAGUAAUAAUACGAAGACUUAAAUUAAGAGAAAAGAAAGUGGCAUGAUAAUAAAAAUAAAAUUGAUGAUAUGUAUCAGCCAUUAGAAAAUAUUGUUGAUUUAGAUAUUGGAGGUACUCAUAAAAUUACGACUACUAAGUCAACUUUAUGUGCAGCAAAGGAUUCUACCUUAGCAGCAAUGUUUAGUGGUAGACAUAAAUUAUCAAUACAUAAUGGGAGAGUAUUCAUAGAUAGGGAUGGGGACACAUUUUGCUAAGUUAUUAAUUAUUUAAGAAACGGGAAGAUUCCAAUAUUUGAAUCAAAGAUUAAAGAGAAUUUAUUUUUCGAGGAGCUAGAUUAUUGGUCAAUACCCUUAAAUUUUAAUUGUGGCUAAAAUGAUAAUAGUGAGAAGUAAUCUUUUGAUUCUAGCUGGUGUGCAAACACUCUAGAACUUUCAGAAGAUAAGAAAACUCUAAAGAAAAAUAGCACUUAACACGGAAUAGUAUUCUGCUGUCAGCCUCUGGAUAUUUACAAUCCUUAUGUCGAAUUUAAGAUUAAAAUAGAUACAGUCUUCAAGGGUAAAAGUCACCUGUUUUGUGGAUUAGUUGAUAGAUCAAAGUAUAGACCUGAGUAUCUAACUUCUACUUUUUGGAGAGAUGCCCCCAGUAGUAUGUACUGGGAUGUUUGGAAUACAAAACUAAUAAAGACAGAUGACAGAGGCCAUUAAAUUGGCGGCGUAUUUGGCUAUGGAUGUUCAUGUGAAGAUAAUAUUACUAAAAUUGGUAUUCAGUAUGAUGCCAAGAAUAGAAGUGUGUCUUAUUUUAAAAAUGGAAUAUGCUAAGGUGUAGCUUUUACAAAUGUCAUGAGCGGCUUUUAUCCAAGUCUUGAUGUUUGGUUUUAGUGCGGAGAAAUAGAAAUCUUGCCUGAUAGAGCUCCUUCUUAAAAAGAAGCUUAGAGAUCUUGA